CUCACAACCCCGGACGGCACGCGGGUAGGUAGGCUAGAACCUAGAGGAGGGGAGCAGAGCGUGCUGGGGUCUUUUAUCGCUCUCCGCGCAGUGCGUGGGUCUGCGGAUCCGUGGAGGUGCGGAGCCUGACUCGGCCUCCCCGGCUCGCGCGUGAGUGCGGCGGAAGCCCUUCUGCUCCUCCACGAGUUAGAGGAGUGUAGGGGACGUGCAUCCCAGUGUCGGGACGCGAGCUCGUGCUCCUCUUUUCCUCCUAACGGUGGCCCCCACGCACACACUCCAGUCCCCCCGAGAGUUGAUCUUCUCCCCUCAGCGCGCCCCUCCUUACCCGGCCCCUCCCACCGGCCCCCCGUUUCCGCCCGCUUGCUAGCUGCCUAGCUCGCGGUCUGUAGUCGGCUUCGUCCCUGGGGUCCCUGCUUGGGGGCGGAGAAGAUGGCUGGAGGACGUCUGCUGUUGGGGGGCGACUUCCUGUCGCCGCCGCCGCUGCCCCCCCUCCCGCCGCCGCCGCUGCCGCCCCUCCCGCCGCCCCCGCCCGAGCCAGUGCUGGAGCAGUGGCGCUAUAGCCACGAAAGUGACUGGCAGUGGGCUCUGCGGCGCAGCUUCAUCUGUCGGCACCUGCACAGCUAUCCCGGGGCUGCCCUCGACCAGCUCCUCGCGCUCUCCGCCGCCUGGACCAACCACGUCUUCCUGGGCUGCAGGUGGCGUUUCAUUCUUGUUGCCCAGGCUGGAGUGCAAUCGUGCGAUCUUGGCUCACUGCAACGUCCACCUCCUGGGUUCAAGCGAUUCUCCUGCCUCAGCCUCCAGAGUAGCUGGGAUUACAGAAUAAUGACAUGGUUCCUUCCAUCCUCCAAAGGUGACCAAUAAUAGUUUGUACAGCCCACGCUUGAUGGAAAAAAUUCUCCAAAUGGCUGAAGGUAUUGAUAUUGGGGAGAUGCCUUCAUAUGAUCUGGUGCUGUCCAAGCCUUCCAAAGGUCAAAAACGCCACCUCUCAACAUGUGAUGGUCAAAAUCCUCCUAAAAAGCAAGCCGGUUCCAAAUUCCAUGCGAGACCUCGUUUUGAGCCUGUACAUUUUGUAGCUAGUAGUUCAAAAGAUGAAAGACAGGAAGAUCCUUAUGGCCCUCAAACAAAAGAGGUAAAUGAACAAACACAUUUUGCCAGCAUGCCAAGAGACAUCUACCAAGAUUAUACUCAAGACUCUUUCAGUAUACAAGAUGGGAAUUCUCAGUAUUGUGAUUCAUCAGGAUUCAUUCUCACAAAAGACCAGCCUGUAACAGCCAACAUGUAUUUUGACAGUGGGAACCCUGCCCCAAGCACCACAUCACAGCAGGCAAACUCUCAGUCAACUCCUGAGCCUUCACCAUCACAGACAUUUCCCGAGUCUGUGGUAGCCGAGAAGCAGUAUUUUAUUGAAAAAUUAACGGCGACAAUCUGGAAGAACCUUUCUAAUCCAGAAAUGACUUCUGGAUCUGAUAAAAUUAAUUAUACAUAUAUGUUAACUCGUUGUAUUCAGGCGUGUAAGACAAAUCCUGAGUAUAUAUAUGCUCCUUUAAAGGAAAUUCCUCCUGCCGACAUCCCCAAAAAUAAAAAACUUCUAACUGAUGGCUAUGCUUGUGAAGUUAGAUGCCAAAAUAUCUACUUAACUACAGGUUAUGCUGGCAGCAAGAAUGGGUCCAGGGAUCGAGCUACAGAGCUAGCUGUAAAACUCUUGCAGAAACGUAUUGAAGUUAGAGUUGUCCGGCGGAAAUUCAAGCAUACAUUUGGAGAGGACCUCGUGGUGUGUCAGAUUGGCAUGUCCUCCUAUGAAUUUCCUCCAGCUCUGAAGCCACCAGAAGACCUGGUGGUGCUGGGUAAAGAUGCUUCCGGGCAGCCAAUUUUUAAUGCUUCUGCCAAACACUGGACCAAUUUUGUCAUUACAGAAAAUGCAAAUGAUGCAAUUGGUAUCCUUAACAAUUCUGCCUCAUUCAACAAGAUGUCAAUUGAAUACAAAUAUGAGAUGAUGCCAAAUCGCACAUGGCGUUGUCGAGUGUUUUUACAAGAUCACUGCUUAGCUGAAGGUUAUGGAACCAAGAAAACAAGUAAACAUGCAGCUGCCGACGAGGCUUUGAAAAUUCUUCAAAAAACACAGCCCACUUAUCCAUCUGUCAAAAGUUCACAAUGCCAUACAGGCUCUUCACCCAGAGGAUCUGGAAAGAAGAAAGAUAUAAAGGAUCUUGUAGUUUAUGAGAAUUCUUCAAAUCCCGUGUGCACACUGAACGACACAGCUCAGUUUAACCGAAUGACAGUUGAGUAUGUCUAUGAAAGGAUGACAGGCCUCCGCUGGAAAUGCAAAGUGAUUCUAGAGAGUGAAGUAAUUGCAGAAGCAGUUGGGGUGAAGAAAACUGUCAAAUAUGAAGCUGCUGGGGAAGCUGUGAAAACCCUCAAAAAGACCCAGCCAACUGUCAUUAACAACUUGAAGAAAGGAGCUGUUGAAGAUGUGAUUUCAAGAAAUGAAAUUCAGGGCCGCUCAGCAGAGGAGGCUUACAAACAGCAAAUCAAAGAAGAUAAUAUUGGAAAUCAGCUGCUGAGAAAGAUGGGUUGGACUGGUGGUGGUUUAGGUAAAUCUGGUGAGGGCAUACGGGAGCCUAUCUCAGUGAAAGAGCAGCAUAAGCGGGAAGGGCUUGGUCUGGAUGUAGAGAGGGUGAAUAAAAUUGCCAAGAGAGAUAUUGAACAGAUCAUCAGAAACUACGCCCGCUCCGAGAGCCACACAGAUUUGACUUUCUCUAGAGAGCUGACUAAUGACGAACGGAAGCAAAUACAUCAGAUUGCCCAGAAGUAUGGUCUUAAGAGUAAGUCUCAUGGGGUGGGCCAUGAUAGGUACCUAGUGGUAGGUAGAAAAAGACGGAAGGAAGACCUACUAGAUCAGCUCAAACAGGAAGGCCAAGUGGGCCAUUACGAGCUUGUUAUGCCUCAAGCAAAUUGAGAUCUUAGUAAUUUAUUUUGUAAAUGCCUAAUGAGGCAGAUUUUUGAAUUAAAGAAAUGCUACAUGUUCCGGUUGCAGAGUAUAUUCAUAAGAUGUCUCACCUUGUUCAUUUCACAUAGUGGUUUAUUAGAUAUUGGAACCUAAAGAAUUCUGUCCACUUGUAUUAGCUUAAUCCAGCAGAUGAUAUUGUGCAGUUACUGUUUGUGUCUUUGAUAUUGCUGUGUCCCUCAGAUUUUAGUAGUUUGACAAGCAAGAACACAUAUCCAAAUGGAAUUUUACCCUGAGAAAUUAUCAUUUUAAAGGGCAUAGCACAGCGAUCUGCAACAAUAUGUAAAGUUGAUAUUGACUACAAUAAAAAUCCAGUCUUAAUUCCAGAUUUACUGAAAAUGUCAGAUCAUUUUGUAUUAAUCUAUUUUCAUCUUUGUGUGAAGCCAGUUAUAGAAUGUUUGACAAUAAAUUGUGCUGUACACGUAAAUGUCCUUACCAACUAAAUGAUGUAAAACUUUCUUAAAGUAAUUUUAGUGUUCAUUUAUUUAUAACUUCUACCGUGUGAUUUCCAGACUAUUGGAAGUGAUUUACUGUAUCUUGUGAUAUAUGGGUUUUAACAAAUUCUAGUCUUCACGCUGAGAGAGCACUACUUGAGAGAGCAGUUGAAAGUUUCAAAAACUUUGGUUCAAUCUGAAGAAAGGAAGCUUGAACUGUUUGUUCUUGGUGCCUUGCAGAGAGACUCACAGCAACUCUCCAUUAUAGCUUUCACACGGUUUGGAUGUGCAGCACAUCCAAGGCAACCACAGCUGUGGUAGAGCUUGGUAAAAGACUGAAGAUACAUUGGUGCUUUGAUGAAAAGGUCAGUUGGCUGGUCCCUCUCUCAAAAAGCUUAUUAAGCCUGAAAAGCCAACUUUGUAACAUAUUUAAAACUGCUAUUUUCGCUUAUUUCUGGAAUGUAAAAAAAAAAAUGUAUAAAAAGAAUUAGUGUAUGCUUCCUGAAUAAAAAGGAGCCAAAGUUGAUCAGAA